AUGACUCAAAGAUUGAGGGACUGCUCCAAUAUACUUAGUUGGAAUAUAAGGGGUAUGAAUAAGAGGGAAAAGCAAUAUGCUAUUCUGAGUCUCUUAAAGAUGAAUAAAGUGGGAAUUGGUGCUUUAUUAGAGAAUAAGAUGAAGAAGGACAAAGUUGAUGAUAUGAUGGCUAAAUUAGCGGGAGGGAGGACAAUAAGUGCUGCUGCAAUUCUUGACUCUAAUGCUUGGCUUGCCCAUACUCAGUUGGCUUCUCUCAAGAGUAUUGGUUCUAAUUUCACCUGGUCCAAUAAGCAGAAUGGAGGGGAUAGGGUUUACUCGAAAAUUGAUCAUGUGUUUAUUAAUGAAGAUUGGAUAGAUGCAUUGCCUAACACUAUUGCUGAAUUCCAAUGGGAUGUCCAUUCGAACCACUGUUAUUGUCUCAUCAAAACUCUCAAACAUGGUAAUCUGGGCAUAAAUCCAUUUCAGUUUUUUAAUUUAUGGAUUGUUCACAGAGGGUUUAAAGAGGUAGUUAUAGAUAGCUGGAAUAAACCUAUGGCAGUGAGGGGUUUACUGGGUGUGACUAAAAAACUGCUUCGGCUAAAGCAUAUUUUGAAAGCAUUUAAUAGGGAGGAAAUUGGAGAUGUUGAGCAGGGAUAUCAUCAAGCAAAAUGUGACUAUCAACUGGCACUAACUAGAGCUCAAGCUUCACCAACAGAUAAUGCUGCUCAAGAGGCUGAAAAAAUAGUAGCAGUUCGAUAUCAAUAUCACUCUGCUAGGUACAUAAGUUUUUUGAUUCAACGCAGCAAAGUUACUUGGCUGCAGAGGGGUGAUGAUAAUAAUGCGUACUUUCAUGUGUGCAUUAAAAAAAGAAGGGAGGAGAAUCGUAUUGUUUCAUUUCUGAAUGAGCAGGGGGUCAUAAUUGAUGAUUACAACAAAGUGGUUCAUCAUUUCCUGGACCAUUUCAGAGGUUAUAUGGGAAGCACCAGUUCAACUAAUAGUACUUUUAAUUCUCAAUGUAUAGAGCUGGGUCCUUGUCUGGAUAUUGAGAUGCAGCUGAGUUUGAUUAGGGAAUUUAGGAAAUCUGAUGUCAAGAAGGCUUUAUUUAGCAUUCCGGGCACUAAAAGUCCAGGGCCGGAUGGCUAUGGUUAUGAGUUUUACAAGGCAAUGUGGCAGAAUAUAGGUGAUGACAUAUCAGAGGCUAUCCUUGAGUUCUUUCAUUCUGGGAAGAUUCCUGCAGAGCUUAAUGAAACAGUUCUUGCUCUGGUCCCUAAAACUGAUAAGCCUAGUAGGGCAGUUGACUAUAGACCCAUAGCGUUCAUUCAUUGGGUGAUGGUGUGUCUCCAUGGCACUUCUUAUGUACUCAUGAUGAAUGGAAGAUUGCAGGGGGGUUUUCAGGGAGUUAAGGGACUUCGCCAAGGAGACCCUAUCUCACCAUUACUUAGUAUAGGGUUGAAGGCCAAUCUCAGUAAAUCUCAAGUGUUUUUUGGAGGUGUUUCGGCUGCUGUCAAGGUCCAGCUGCUUCAGAUUUUGCAGCUUGAAGAGGGAACAUUUCCUCUUAAAUAUUUGGGGAUUCCUAUGAGGCCAACAAAAUGGAAAGUGGCAGAUUGUGGAGAGAUCCUUAAAAAAAUUAAACUAAGGCUUCACACUUGGGCAAGUAGACAUCUAUCUUAUGCAGGGCGGACUCAACUCAUUACAUCUGUUCUUUUGGGUUUGCGAAACUACUGGAUGAACAUCUUCUUGCUCCCUCAAAGCACAGUCAAAGAGGUAGACAAGCUAUGCUUGUGGUUUCUGUGGGGUAACAAUGGUACCAGAAGUAAUUGUCAUCUCACCUUCUGGUCCACUGUUUGCUUGCCAAAAUUUUUUGGGGGUUUGGGUUUCGGUGAAGGAGCUAAGUGGAACAAGGCAAUGCUUGCCAAAUAUGUUUGGGCUAUUAGUCACCAACAAGAGACUCUGUGGGUGAAAUGGAUAAACACUAUAUACUUAAAUGGUCAAUGUUUCUGGCAAUACCAACUUAAGGCAGAUUCAAGUUGGUAUUGGCGCAAAAUUUGUCACAUUCGAGAAAUUUUUACUCAAAAGGAAAUCGAUGAAGCUGGCAGUCAAGGGAGAUUCAAAAUUGGUGGUGCAUCAAAUCCAAGAUUGGAUUGGAUGCAAUUGGCCUUUAAGAUUCAGUGGCUGGACCCGAUGGAUUGA